GCCAAACAUUUGUGAUGAUGAUAAAUGACAAUUGAUUAAUAUGAAUGGAAAGCUUGAAUUUUACCGAUAAACAAUCAAGAAGAAAUCGAAAUUACAAUCAAUGGGAAAUUAACAAUUAAGGUAAAAACUCUUGUGACCCUAAUGGACAACGGGAUCUCAAUUGGUCAACCAGUUAAAUCAAAAUGUACACCAAAUUUACGUAAACAUAUUCAGAUUAUUAUCCAUCUACUGGUGACCUGUCUUUGUGGAGGUCAAAUUUACUCGAUUGCUAUUGAUUAUAUGUCCGGUGAGAUAACGUCAAAGGUUAACUUGACCACUCCGAAUCAAAUUACUUUGCCAAGUGUUUCCUUGUGUUUCCCUUUUCUUGAUUUAAUCAAUUUAACCAAAGCUUCCGCUCUUGACGAUAAAUUAGAUGAUCUUUUAUUAGAGCGGCCAUUUUAUGAUGACCUCGGAACCCACAGAGACAUGUUCACCUCAAUCUAUUCAAUUUUGGGCAAUCUAACGGUAAACCAGUUAAAUAAUCUUCUUAAAGAUAUUGACAAUUUAAUUCCAAAGAUCAAAUUAACUCCGACCUUUCGACGAUUGGGUGACACCAAAUCGGGCUAUUAUUUGGUAAAGGACAAUUCUACUUGUGAGGUCACUCGUUAUUCUAGACAACCGUUAUUUUGCUUGACCAUUAAUUGUUACAAUUCAUCGGGUGGUCCGAUUAAAUUUUCCCGUCACGAAAUAUUUCAACCUCCUUACGACGGUCAAAUGAUGGCCAUUGAUUUAAAUAAUAACAUAUCGACCAUUACAACUUCAACUACAAUCAUGUUUUCAGAAUUUGGUAAACUAAUUCAGGGCUCAGGUCAAACAGCAUAUCGAAUAGGUUUCAAUGGUCAACCACCGGGCAUUUACAUCGUGACCUUUAGUAAAAUUGUCAACAUCUUAAGCCAAGAAAACUAUGAAGUCUCUUGUCGGAACUAUUCAAAUUAUGGUUACUCUUCAAGGUUCCACUUUAUUGACGCUUGUCUCAACAAUUUGACCGCUUCAUCCAUAGGGUCAGUCUUUUAUGGGACAAUUCAAGCUUUAAAUUACUCUCAGGCCAAUCUAAGGAAUGGUUAUUAUCAGUAUUAUGGUGAAUAUCUUACCCCUAAUAUAACAGAGCGAAAUCGCCUAAGGAAAUAUUUUAAAUUCUGUCGUCAGCAUUGUAAUCAUAUCGCUGAUAAGCCUGAUUGUGAGGAGGAAAUUUAUUCACCACAAGGCUAUCGAACCUUAACUGAUGAAGAUCAAAACGGAGUUUAUGUUAUCCUUUUACGAGCACCAACAGCACCUUUCGAGAUAAAUCAAUAUUUUCCCGAAUAUACACUUCUCGAUUUGAUAAUUUAUCUUGCAAGUAGUUUAAAUUUCUGGUUUGGUUUGUCGUUGAUUAGUUUAUCGGAAAAGUUUCUCAAUUGCUAUUGUGGUUUAUUUACACGGCCCACAAAGAGUAGAUCAGCGAAAAUUAAUAUCGCAACCAAAUCAAAUAAUAAUAAUUCACCAAUUGAUCAAAAUCUCGGAUACCAGAGUAAAGUUGCAACUAAUAGACGUGCAAGAGUAUCAAGAGUUAAAAGUAUCAAUCAACAAUUACCAACAGUUUACUGGUGAUAGAAAAUCAAAAUCAAUCAAUUUUUAUGAUUUACUAUUAAAAAUAUUACAUCAAAUUAGUUGUAACUAAUAAAUGUAACUGGAUUAAACUGUAAUUUCUUUGUGGUGUUAUUAAAGUGACGAUGAUUUGAAAUUAUUUUUGGCUUCUCUUAAAGCGGCCAUUACUUUGAUUG